AUGUUUUCCUCUGCGGUCUUCACUAGUGGUUUAAAUCCAAGUGUUUCUCUCCUUGCUCGUGUUUAUCUGAAUCUUGGCUCCUGGCAGUGGACACUUUCUCUUGGACUGGCUGACGAAUCCAUAAAAGAUAUACUCGAUGCAUUCUCAAAAGCUACUCAAUAUGCAAAUAAAUGGACCAAAGCUUGGCAUAAAUGGGCAUUGUUCAAUACAGCAGUGAUGUCUCAUUAUACUUUAAGAGGUUUCCCAAACAUUGCAGCACAGUUUGUUGUUGCUGCUGUCACCGGAUACUUUCGUUCUAUAGCAUGUGCAGCAAAUUCGAAAGUUGUUGACGGGAGUUUAUAUGAAGAGAAGGUAGCUCCGAUUAUGUUCUUCAAUCGGUAUCCAGCUCUCAGUAUCCACCUCUCUGUGGAAUCAAUUCUUCUCUAA